GAACCGGGUCCGGACAGGCUGGGGACUCCCCUCGGCGACCAGGCCGCCCUGCACGGCUCUGCCUGGGUCACAACUUGCUGAGUCCCUCCCCGCGCAGCUGUAACUCUAAACUGGUCGAGUGAGGCCUAUUUUUAUCCAGAAACCGGCGACCCGGGGCUCCUGAGGAGAUCGCUCAGAUGGAGGGCCAGCCCUGCUCUGCAAGGUUUCUCGCAAAUUGGUGGGAAAGGGAAGUCUUGUCCUGAUAUCCUUUCUUGGAGAGCUCAGUGUCCUAUUGCCAAGUCCUGAGAAAGGGGGUUGGGUUGCAGUGGACCUUUCUGAUGUGGCUGUUGCCUGCGCUUGGGGUGCUGUAUCUGAACCCCAUUGAUUGGCCAGGAAGCGGCUGUCCUGAGGUCACCAAGAUUUAGCCUGCCCCAUCUGUGGCCUGGCCCAGAUCCUGCAGGAAUUGCCCCGAGAACUCCUGGGAACAGGCUUGUAGUGGUGCAGAGAUGGAUGUAGAAGCCAAGUACCGCAUGGCCUCCUUGUACGUGGGUGACCUGCACGUAGAUGUCACCGAGGACCUAUUGUUCAGGAAGUUCAGUGCGGUGGGCCCUGUGCUGUCCAUCCGCAUCUGCAGGGACGCGGUCACCCGCCUCUCUCUGGGCUAUGCUUACGUGAACUUCCUGCAGUUGGCCGAUGCCCAGAAGGCUCUAGACACCAUGAACUUUGACACGAUAAAAGGCAAAUCCAUCCGUCUCAUGUGGUCUCAAAGGGAUGCCCACCUAAGGAAAUCUGGAGUUGGGAAUGUGUUCAUCAAAAACCUGGACAAAUCCAUAGAUAACAAGACGCUGCACGAACAUUUUUCAGCUUUUGGAAAGAUCCUUUCCUCCAAGGUGAUGAGUGAUGACCAAGGCUCCAAGGGUUACGGCUUCGUGCACUUUCAGAACCAGAGCGCGGCCGAGAAGGCCAUCGAGGAGAUGAACGGGAAGCUGCUCAAAGACUGCAGGGUGUUUGUGGGCAGAUUCAAAAACCGCAAGGAGCGCGAGGCCGAGCUCAGAAGCAAAGCCUCCAGCGAAUUCACCAACGUUUACAUCAAAAACUUUGGGGAUGACAUGGAUGAUGAGAGACUGAAGGAGGUUUUCAGCAAGUAUGGCCACCCCCUGAGUGUGAAGGUGAUGAGAGACGCCAGCGGGAAAUCCAAAGGCUUCGGCUUCGUGAGCUUCGAGAGCCACCAGGCUGCCCAAAAGGCAGUUGAAGAAAUGAACGGAAAGGACAUAAACGGGCAGCCGGUUUUUGUGGGCAGGGCACAAAAGAAAGGAGAGAGGCAGGCUGAGCUAAAGGAAAUGUUUGAGCAGAAGAAAAAGGAAAGAAUCCGUGGACGCCAGGGGGUAAAACUGUACAUUAAGAAUCUGGACGAUUCCAUCGAUGAUGAGAAGCUACGGAAGGAGUUUUCUUCUUUUGGAUCCAUUAACAGAGUGAAGGUAAUGCAGGAGGAAGGGCAGAGCAAGGGGUUCGGCCUCAUCUGCUUCUCCUCCUCCGAGGAGGCCCUCGCAGCCAUGGCUGAGAUGAAUGGCCGCAUCUUGGGCUCCAAAGCCCUGAACAUUGCCCUGGCCCAGAAGCAUAACUGACCUCGCCCGCCAGCAUUUAUAGCAGGUGGCGGAACCAGAGCCAUCUCUGCCUCAAUUGCCUUCAGUGAACUUUACAGCCCACUGAUGGCUGCUUAAGUUAUUAGUAAAUUCUAUGAUAAAAAUUUAGAUCUUUUUUUUAACACAAAAACAAAUUUUUAAAAAAACUUUUGUAAAGAAACAAAACGAAACUUGGUUCGUUUUACAGAGGCACAGCUUUUCAUUUUAAAAUUGCAGAUUUUUUUUUAAAAAAAUUUUGAUGUAGCAGUCAGAGCAAUAAAUGUGGUUAGAUAUAUCUUAAUGCUAUUUUGAACCAGCUGAAGUAAUUGUGAGUCUAUUGCAUAUUUUCUUUCUUACUUGAAUGAUAUGAUUAGCUUUAAUUUCUUCUGUGAAAAUAGGUUCAAAGUAAGGAAUACAGAGUAAUUUAUUUUUUACCAAUAAAUUUUGUAAUUUUUUUUUAACAAAAUUGUUUUUGAGAAAUCAAAAGUUUAGACAUUAGUAGUCCCCAUUCAGUUAAGUGUCUGAUUUCAUUUUGAGUUAAUGUUUUAAGUAUCAGGGAGUAGCUGAAUUUCUUUUAAAUUUGUAUAGGGACAUGGUUGUUUUUGUAAUGGUUUAAAAUUAUGCAGGUUUUUAAAGUUGGCUACAAACUGGUUUUUUAAGCUAUUUUUUUUCACUUUUUCUAUUGGUUUAUUAUAAUCCAGUCCUUUCUAGUUUUCUAAAUUGUUGCUUGCAUAGUAAAACUUUAUACAUUCCUUAAAUUAUAGUUCUGUAUCAGUUCAGGUGACCCAAAGAUGGGCUGGUCUUAAAUCAUUUUAGGCCUGUGCAGCUCAAUGUUAUACCAUAAGUUUUUGUCACAUACCAAUAGUAUGAAAUGCAUAUGUAUAGAACAUAGAAAAUAUGUUUAAAAUCUAUGUUUAAAUCUCUGUUUUAGAGUGAUCCAUGUUACUGAUGCUCUCUCAGGGUUCCAAACAGUUAAGUUCCUUUAUUUUUAUAAAUGUACACCUCCUUUUAUUAGACUGUGAGAGCUAUGUUGCUCAUUAAUAUUCACUCCCAGCCUUGAUUGAUCAGAAAUUCACUAAUUGAAGUUAUAUUGCUUGGACUGUUUUCUAGAAUAAGUUUUAUAUUAGUCUCAUUCCCAAAUAUUUUCUUUCCUUUCUUUCAAUCAAAUUACUCAGCUCCUUUUUACACUUUUUAAAAAGGCAUUUAGUAAUUGGCUUUUUAUUAUGUGCUGCUUCAAAUUCAUUUGGAAAAAGCAGCGAGUUAUUUAUUUACAUUUAAAUAAUUUCUUUAAAAAUUCUUAUGUUGUACAGGGCUGUAAUCUCAGCUGCUGGAGGCUGAGG